UGCAUACACUACAGAUUUUCCAAACAAGUCCCGAUCUAAGAGAUUUUUAUCUCUUAUAGUCCACUUUAGUUCAAAAGAAAUGGCAAAUCUUUUCACUUAUUUGAGCUUUUAUGUAGUCGUUUAUUGUUCAUUUUCGCUCGCAACGCCGAUGCCCUUGAAGUUCGGAUUCUAUCAAAACACGUGUCCACAGGCUGAGAUUAUCGUGAGAGACGCAGUUAAAAAUGCACUUGCUGCAGAUCCUGCAGUCCCCGCGGCGCUGAUUCGAUUGCAUUUCCAUGAUUGCUUUAUCAGGGGCUGCGAUGGUUCAGUCCUUCUCAACUCGACCCCAAACAACAGGGCUGAGAAAAAUAGCUCGAUGAAUCUAGGCAUUGGAGGCUUCGAGGUCAUAGAUGAUGCCAAGUCCAAGAUCGAAGCCCAAUGCCCUGGAAUAGUUUCGUGCGCUGACAUCGUGGCCUUUGCUGCUCGAGAUGGAGUUCAAAGUGCCGGUGGCAACCCUUAUUCGGUUCCGGCAGGAAGGCGCGAUGGAAGGGUCUCGUUGGCAACUGAAGUAGAUAAGAAUCUCCCAGGACCGUUCUUCAGUCUGAUGCAGUUAAAGGAGAACUUUGCCAGGAAGGGAUUGUCUCUCGACGAGAUGGUGACCCUCUCGGGGGCCCAUUCAAUCGGCGACUCUCAUUGCUCCGCAUUCUCGAAGCGUCUCUACUCCUUUAAGUCAACAUAUCUUCAAGAUCCUUCAUUGAAUGGAACCUAUGCCGACUUCCUGAAGACCAAGUGCCCACAGAGUGGCGAUACCGACCCGACUGUGUCACUGGACCCUGGGACCCCGAGCUCACUGGACAACACAUACUACAAGAACCUGAAGGUUGGGAAGGGACUCUUGGCAUCAGACCAGGUGCUAUGGACUACACCGGCGACCAGGGCGACCGUAAAGAGCUAUUCGAACCAUCCAAGUUCAUGGGCCCGGAAAUUCACUAGGGCGAUGGUGCACAUGGGCUCGAUCGAAGUAUUGACUGGUACACAAGGGGAAAUCAGAAAGAAUUGCCGAGUCAUGAACUAGCAUUUGUCGAUGCUAAAGUCAGAGAUAUUUCGGGCAGUGUUGUGCCACAUGCUUUGUCUUGUUAUUUUUCACCGGAUUAUUCUAUUUCUUGGUUGAUGGUUCAUUAGGGCACAUCAUCCAAUUUUUUCAGUUUGUGUUAUUUCCACUUGAGUUACAUGUACUCAAAUUAUUAUAGAAAAAAUUGAGUUGUC